AUGGCAACACUAUGGCGCAGGCUCUACCAUGUCAACCAUUUCUCAGCCAGCCCACUCAAUUAUGAGAGCUUGUCGAGAAGAUGUGCUCAGUUUCGCAGCUCCAAAGCUCCAACCUCGGCUGCGAUUCGAGAUUAUAUCCUAGCCAACCGCAUGCUUCAAAAGAUCAAUCGACAGCAAAAUCCCCGCUUCAGCCAGCCAGGAUCAGCCCUAAUUGACCUCGAUCUUCACCUCCAUGUACCCAGUGCACAGCUUGAGCAGGAACUCUGGCUGUUCUUGCAGGAAUACUGGCACAUGUCCAUGACAGACGAGGCUAUAGUCAAGGAUUAUGUUCUUUCAUGUACAUCGGGCGAUAUCACCCACGGAUUCCAUUUGGUGACCGAAAAUUACAAUUACAACCUUGCAGAGGGUCGCAUUGCCCGUGGACCGGUGCUUGCGCUCAUACAUGUGCUUUUGCAUCGAAGUGACUAUCAUGGAUGUUUUAAGCUUCUUAACUUAACGUUUGGUAGUAAAAACCUGAAGGCUCUAGAAAGAAGGGCUUACUACCAAACUAUUGCUGUAGGUGCAUUGGUAUCGGUAGUAGCCGGAGCAUUACAGUGUGCAUUUAUGACUCCAUACUGGGCUGUGGCAUUUCUCACGUUGGAUAUGGGUGCCAUAUUCGGCACCAUGUACGGUCUCAACCGUAUUCAUUAUUCGGACCUGUUAGGUAGAGUUAGCUGGCGGCCGUAUACGAGUAUCUUCUACAGAUAUAUUCAUCGGCAGGAGAUUCUGGUGAUCAACAAGAUCGUAACUUAUUUCGAGGACUACAACGAGGUGAAUGUGAAGAAUUACCACAUUUCCGAGGUUAGAAACACUACAAAUCUUGGGACGUUUCAUCAAAAUGAGUAUGAGUUCCAAUUGCCCGAUUCGAUGGCUUUGACGUGGGAUAGUAUAGGUACUGACCAGAAGGUCCAGUCUACAGCUCGAUAUUUCCGUUCUGAAUUGAGCAAAAGACGAUUGUUAUGGAAACCUCUAGAUGAGGAGCGCAUGUUAAUUGAGUUUUGGAUAUCACAUGGCGAGAAUUUUGAAUGGGUAGAGCCGGACCAAGACCCUGCUGAGAUGGUUGAUUUCCGAUGA